AAAGUUUCUUUAGAUAACUUUUAAUAUAUUUUCUUAUUUGUUUGUUUGAGGAUAUACAUUUUCUGGGCACCUUCAAAUUUCACAAGUUUGACAAAUUUGGAGAGCUUGAACUUGGAUUCAUGUAGAAUUGGUGAUGACGGUCUUGCCAACUUGACUGGCCUUCAACAAUUGAAAUUUUUGGUAUUGUCUGAUACUGAAGUUGGAAGUAAUGGUCUCCGUCAUCUGUCUGGUUUGAUUAAUCUAGAGAGCGUAGACCUGUCAUUCACUGAAGUCACUGAUGUUGGUUUGAGGAAACUUGCUGGACUGUCAUCUAUUAAAUCACUUAAUCUGGAUGCUCGUCAAAUCACAGAUGCUGGACUUGCAGCUCUAACAACUUUGACUCAAUUGACUGAUCUUGAUCUUUUUGGAGCUCGCAUUACCGAUUCUGGGACAAGUUACUUGCGGAAUUUCAAGAACCUGCGCUGUUUGCAAAUAUGUAGCGGAGGAUUGACAGAUGCUGGUGUGAAGAAUAUCAAGGAUCUCUCAUCCUUGUCCCUGCUAAAUCUGUCACAGAAUUGUAACCUGACAGAUAAAACCUUGGAGUUGAUCUCUGGAUUGACGGGAUUGGUCUCUCUGAAUGUUUCAAGUUCUCGUAUAACUGCUGCUGGAUUGCGCCAUCUGAAGCCAAUGAAGAAUUUGAGAUCUCUGUCCCUGGAUUCUUGCAAGGUGACAGCAAAUGACAUUAAGAAACUUCAGUCAAGUGACCUUCCUAAUCUGGUAUGCUUCCGUCCUGAAUAGUUAUGGAGAGCCCCAGUGGUACGCAUUUUGUAAAUAUCUUACUGUUGGAUAGAAGAAAGCAAGCUAUGUAAGUACACGUUCAGUUUAUUGUAAAUAUGGAUGGACUUGAUGGCCGCUGAAACAUGGCGCUCGGAAACCAAAGGAUCUUAUUCAGGAGCCUAAACAAGAGCUCCUUGUCUUGCCUUGAAGGUUCCCCUUUCGUAGUUGGAAAUAAAUUGUAAAUUAGGGUCUAGACAAGUGUCUAAGGUGUGAAAUCAUCUCAGAUGCUACAUAUAGAUUGAAAACUUAUCAUGUACAUAUUUAUCGGUGGAGCCUUUGGAUAAUUUAUGUCAAUGACACUUUGAAUCUAUUAGGGUGAAUGCUUGUGUUAAUUUCUGAGGUUUCUGCAUUAAUGUUUAUGCGUAGUCUGACCAGAUGCUUAUUAGAGGGGUGGGGAGGGCGGCAGAGGAUUUAUAUAGAUCAUGUGGUGCAUUUGAGAAGCGUUGCAGGGAUAAGAACAAGGAUGAAGCCACCGAUUUAUUUGAUCACAUUGAUCAGAAAUUGGCUGUAGGGGAUGACCCUCACUUGUUUUGCAAAGUCUCAGCUUUUUCUGGUUUCAGUGCUUAUAACGUAAAUGAGUGGCUUUUCCCCAAGAGGACACCCACUUUGUUGGUGGAUUCUAUCAAGCACACAAAGCGUAUAAACAGUUCCAGUAGAAAUGUCAAACAGACGGUUUUUUACUUGAGCAAAACCUUACGUUAUGCUCCUAUAUUACGUUAGAUUUUCACCUUAUAUCCUCAAUUAAUUUCUCAAGUUUUUGAAUUUGAUAAUUUGAGAAAUUUUAGCUCUCUUUAUUUUUUAUGAUGGUACACAACUCGUAUAAGUAUUGAUAUAUCAUUGUUUACAUGACAAAUAUUGAUUGUCCAUAUAGAUGAGGUACAAAAAAUGAUUAAAUUACUU